AUGAAUCACUUUGUGAUUCGCAAGUUCCUUCUUGAUGACUCAGAUGAAGAUGAGAUAAUCGAAGAACUUGUUAUGGAAGCAUCACAACCUAAGCGUCGUCGUCGUUCUAUCAAACGUAAUCAUUUGGUAGGCCAUGAGAGGCUUUUUCUUGAUUAUUUUGCUCCCACACCAAUAUAUCCACCUACUUUAUUUCGUAGGAGAUUUCGAAUGAAGCGUUCUCUUUUUCUUCGUAUUCAAUCUCAAGUUGAAGCUCAUGAUUCUUAUUUUGUCCAAAAAAGAAAUAGUGCUAACAAACUUGGUUUAUCUUCAUUGCAAAAGAUAACUGCUGCACUUAGAAUGCUUGCGUAUGGAGUAUCGGGUGAUUUGAUAGAUGAAUAUGUGCGGAUUGGAGAAACUACUGCAUUAGAAAGUUUGAAAAAAUUUGUUACUGCGGUAAUUGAUGUUUUCUCUGAAGAAUACUUGAGAAAGCCAAACAAUGAAGACAUUGCUAGACUGUUAGCUCACGGCGAACGUCGAGGUUUUCCAGGUAUGUUAGGUUCAAUUGAUUGCAUACAUUGGAAGUGGAAAAAUUGUCCAUCUGCAUGGAAAGGUCAAUAUUGUGGUCAUAUUCGUGAGCCUACUAUUAUUUUGGAGGCAGUAGCAUCAUAUGAUCUUUGGAUAUGGCAUGCAUUUUUUGGAUUACCUGGGUCAAAUAAUGAUAUUAAUGUGUUAGAGCGAUCUCAUGUAUUUAAUGAAUUGGCUGAAGGACGUGCUCCUACAAUACAGUACUCAAUUAAUGGUCAUGACUACACUAUGGGAUAUUACCUUGCUGAUGGUAUAUAUCCAAAGUGGGCAACAUUUGUGAAAACAAUCCCAGCUCCACAAGGACAUAAGCAUAAAUUAUUUGCAGCAGCCCAAGAGGGGUAUAGGAAGGAUGUUGAGCGUGCAUUUGGAGUGCUUCAAGCACGUUUCGCAAUUGUCCGUGGACCUGCACGAUUUUUUCAUCUUGAAACACUCAAAAAGAUCAUGAAAGCGUGCAUAAUUCUCCAUAAUAUGAUUGUUGAAGAUGAGCGAGAAGAUGAGCGGGAUGAUAAUGGAGUGGUAGAUUUGGAUUAUGAACAAAAUGAUGGAGUGGAUAAUCCUCCUCUGCAAAUGUUACGUGAACAAAGUGAUGAAUUUUUGUCAUACAUUGAGAGGCAUGGACGCAUUAGAGACCGAGAAAUCCAUUUUCAACUCCAGUCGGACCUUAUUGAACAUUUAUGGCAAUUGCAAGGCGAGUCGUAGGAACUUUCUUUUUUGUAUGUGGGUUUAGUAUGAGUCAUAAGAACUUGUGCGAGUGUGUGAGUUUUAUUGUAAUUUGGUUUGAAUUAUGUAUGUGAGCAAAUCUAUGGACUACAUUGUUCUUGCUAUAAUAUGUAUUUUAUUUUCUAUGUUUUCUUAUAAAUCUAUGGACUACAUUAUAAAGUUCCUUCAUUUCAUAGUUCAUAUUAUUUCAAGGUUGCUUCCGGAUAAUUGAGACGAUAAUACGUUAUCAUGAUAAUUGAAAAAUUGUUUUACUAAAAAAAAAAAUGUAUGAGUAUAAUUUGGGGUUAAAAAAAAAUAUAACACUAGACGAUUAUUUGCUAUCACGCGGCGGCGGCGGCGGAAAAAGAGUCGU